AUGUCUGCCAUUCUUGCAAUAGGCGCUGCGAUAGCUGUUAUUGCGUACACUGCCUUACGAUUCCUUCUACACGCCACACAAAGUGUGCGGGAGCCUCGACUCGUGGAAAGCCGGUUGCCAUUUCUCGACUCAGUCAUUGGUAUAGCAAGGCAACGAGCGGACUAUCUGGCCAACCUCGGUACGCGUUUUCGCUUGCCAGUCCUGACUCUGCGAAUGCCUUUCCAGCGUCUCUACGUCGUCCACGCCCCGAACUUGAUUCAAGUCAUACAAAGCAAAGCCAAUGCUCAAACGUUCGUGCCAAACCUCCUGGACUUUGGUAUGCUCUUCAGUGGGCUUAACACCGAAUCUCAGAACAUCCUUCGCAGCGCUUUUGGGUUGAAGGGCAAUGGCUUUACAAUGAGCGUACACAAAUACCUUCUGUCCGGCCCUUCACUCAAGACCGCGACCAAGGCUGCAGUUGACAGGUUGACGGCCAGUGUACCGAACAGUUUCACUAGGAACAAUAGGGGUGGAUUGCAAGAGAUGAUUCGUCACGAGCUCACACUGGCAUUGACUGGCGCCAUCUACGGACCGGAGAAUCCUUACGAUGACCCGGCGAUCGAAGCCAGCUGGAGAGACUUUGUUCCAGGCAUCAAUCACCUGCUGUACAGUCUGUUCCCGGCCCUGACGGCACGCAAAGCUCUUCGUGCUCGGGAUCGGAUUGUUUGUGCGUUCAAGAAGUAUUUCGAGACAAGCGGCCAUCUUCAAGCUUUCCCCAUGGUUGCGGAAAUGCACGAACUCAACAAGAGUCAUGGUCUCACUACAGAAGAGGCUGCCAAGAUGGAGAUGGCUACAUCACUGGCAAUGCUCAGCAGUGGCGCGGUCACUUCCUUCUGGCUGAUGUAUCACAUUCUAUCAGAUGAAAAAGUGACCGCAAGCAUCCGCGAAGAGCUGGAAUCAGUCAUUGGCAGUUCCACCCCCGAUCUCGUCAGGGCCGUUAACCUUGGAGGUGUCAAAGACAGCUGUCCCACACUCGUUGCUAUGCUGAACGAGACUCUUCGUUAUCACAGCACCGUCAUCAAUAUCAAACAGGUCCAGCAUGACACCACUCUGGCUGGGCAGUAUCUCCUCAAGAAGAAUGGCAUUGUCAUGAUCCCGGGCAGAAGCGUACACCACAACAAAGAUAUCUGGGGUCCUUCCGCUGAUGCGUUCGACCAUCACCGAUUUCUCUCUCCCGACUCGAGGAGGAAUGUCUCAAGUACUUCAGCUUUUCGUCCUUUCGGUGCUGGUACAACAAUGUGUCCUGGACGACACUUCUCGACCAAUGUCACACUGAGUUUGGCGGUAAUCAUCUUGCUCAGAUUCGAUGUUGUACCCAUGAAUGGGGAGUGGAGGCAGCCUACAAAGCGUCGUGCGGAUAUGUGGAAUGCGAUGCCUAAGCCUGACCAGGACAUCGAUGUCAGAUUCGCGCCAAGAGGUGAGGAGAAGUUCGAGUGGAAGUUUUUGUGGGAGUGA